CCUGGCCUCAGGAACGCACUCUUGCUCUGCUCCUCACGCCUCGCGCAGGAUCCUCGCGCCGGGAGGAUUCGCACCCAACCCCAAGCCCGGUUGGGAACGUGGUGUCCGAGACCGUCUGGGAUCCCCGCGCGCACGGCCGGCUUCCCGGGACCCGCGCGAGACGCUGUCUGAUCGGGCUCCCUAAAGUGGGGCCCGGAGAAACCAGAACGGCGGGGGCAGCCUCACGCCAUUUUGCACGCCCUGAGGCGGAUGUUUGGUUCCAGCAGAUACUUGGGUUCCUCUGAACAGCCCAGAGAUAAUUCACUGGGUCCCAAUGACAGGACCUUGGUUUUGUGCUCCCUAGUGGAAGGGGAAGAUAAGGUCAACCCCUCCGAACCACAUGGACUGAGAAUGGAGGAGAAAUGGUUGCUCAAAGGAAAACUGAGGAAUCAGAGAAACCAAAACAAGCUCCUGUCCCCAAACAAGAAGCAGAGGAAAAACCACACUAGCAAGCUGCAAGAGUUGGCACUGCUGCUGCCCAUAGCCCUGAAGACGGGGACCAAGAAGCUCACAAAGAAGGAGAUUCUGGUGCAUGUCCUGCAGUACAUUCAGUACCUCCAGAGAAACAUCGAUGCCGCCAAGGCCUUGUUCAAAUGCCAUAUCACCACUGGGGAAGGUGGACUUGCGGAAAGCCAGACUCGGACCCCAAAGCCUCGCCGCUCUCUGGCCCUGAACAAGCCUGAGAAGCUGGUGACCCCAUCCCCAGACCAGAAAGGAAGUGGCACAGGGGGGACCACUACCCCUCCAAGGUGCCCUGACUCCUGCGGUCACCCGAGGCCUGCAUCAUCCUCGCCUCCAGGUGACAGAAAAGGGGGACAGUCCCAGCUGACGCUGUUGGAUCUGGCCGAGGACACCAUCCACUGUGACAUCUCAAGCUGCUGGUGCCAGGGCAGUGUCCAGGAUGACGCGCCUUUCCCUGCGCUCCUGGCUCAGGAAGAUGUGGCGAGGAUCCAUUUUCUCAACAAGACCCAGCCCCAUCCCAGGCAGAAGCUGGUGUUCUAUGAUUCCAGCGAGGAUGUGGACAAAGGGUCCCUAGACGCUGACCCUUGGCUCCCUGCCUGGACCCCAGAGAACAGCCCCCAAGGGAGCCCACUGUUCCUGGGGCCUCCCCAGAUUGAUGUCUGGAGUGGAACAGGCCACCCAAGUGAGAUCCUCGGGCUCAGCCCUAGCCUUUUCAGCUCCCCAGGGAAACUGCUGCCAGACGAGAUCUUGGAGGAUGACACGGAGUACCUGACCCAAGCGGCUUUCUUUGAAGAAGUGUGCUUAGAUCUGGAGUCUUCACCUUCAGCCUACACGCAGGAGGCUCCACAGGAAAAGGACACGGCCUCCAAGGCCCCCAAAGACCCUCCCGAGUCCCACAGCCUGCACCGGUCCUCAGUCUCGCUGGACCACUGCUACCUCUCGCUGAGCGGGAACAGCAAGGCGCCAUCCAGCUCCAGCUCCAGCUCCAGCUCCAGCUCCAGCUCCAGCUCCAGCUCCAGCUCGGAGGACAGCGACUCGGAGCCCCUGUGGAAGCAGCGAGAGGAUAUGCAGGCCAACCCUGUGGGCAUGCCGGGCUCCAGCGAAGAGGACGAAGACACCACAUGGACCCCCACCCGGCUGGCCUCACCCCUGCCGGCAGCUGAGAAAAAGGCCACCAAGGGCCAAGUAGCCAGGGCCCCCGUGAAGCCCAAGGAGAAGAAGAAAGGCCCCUGCCCACCCCAGAUGAAGAAGAAGUGUGUCAACGGCUUCAUCAUGUUCUGCAGGAUGAACCGGAAGCAGUACAUCCGAUCCUGCCCUGGAACCGCUUCCACAGCUGCCACCAAGGAGCUGGCCCAGCUGUGGCGGGUGAUGACCCAGCAGGAGCGGAGGCCAUACUGCACCAAGGCUCGCAGGUUCAGCCGCCAGCACAACCGCAUCGUGAAGCAGGACGGCUCCAGCAGCGAGGCUGAGGACUGGGAGACGCCCAAGCCCUUCUACCAGCUGCUGGCCGAGAAGGCCUUGCCGCUGCCCCCGCACCUCCAGUGAGAGGGCGGCCCCUCGCCUGGCUCCCCUCACCCCUCAUGGCAACCGCGGCUCUUGCUGGAAGCCAGGACCCAUCGAUGAACUUGUCCCUCCUGGGCAUCCAGCCCCUGAGAAUGCAGGUCCAAUGGGACUGGGGAGGGGGGCACUGAUUAGCCCCAACUGCUGGGCACAUUUGCCUGGAGCACCAGAGUCACCCACAGCUGCCUUGAUUCUCCCCCGGGCUUAGGAAGGAAACCCAAAAUGAAAUGCGGGGCAUUGGAAGGUGAAGUUUACCCACCCCUCUCCCCUUCCCUUCCCCACCCCAGAGCCACUCGGUUGCAACCCUGUUCAUGCUCACCUCACCCUACUCCUCCCCUCUCCUGUUCUACUUUUAGACUAUUUAUUGUUUUAAAUAAAAUAAAGCAAGUGGAACCUUUGUUACC